AUAAGGGCGUGUGUUUCAGAGUUCGACAUCCAUGUAUUGGACUUUACUAUCUCAAGGAUAACUCUGAUCCGGAUGUUCGAUCACGCCCGACUAAGCCUACCUGUUAUAAUUACACCUUAAGGGGUUGAAACAUUUAGUCCCAAAAGGUACAUGAGACUGGUACUGGCAAGGAGAAGGCUCUUCGCUCAUCAACCACUAUUUGACUACAAAGAAGAAAAACUAAGACCCAACCCAUUCUAUACCCCAGCUACUUUCUGCGUGAUUCCUUUCUGGCUACCUUGUGCAUUGGUUAAUCAGUUCUUCUUUUCGUUAUUUCCUUUUUUAAUAAUCCUAGCGGGCUUCCUUUCCAUGCUAAUUUUAGCAUGUAUGUAUCAACAUCACUAGUAGUUCGGGCUUCAGGAAUUGCUGCGUGAUGGGACGAAAUGUGAUGAGAAUUUCCAUC